UGAGCUUCAUCUUCUCUCUUGUCCACCACUAAAGGACUUGACAGCCAUGAAGGUCUUCAUCCUCGCCUGCCUUGUGGCACUUGCUCUUGCAAGGGAGAAGGAUGCAUUCACUGUGUCCUCUGAGACUGGUAGUAUUUCCAGUGAGGAAUCCAUUGAACAUAUCAAUGAGAAACUUCAGAAGGUGAAACUCAUGGGACAGGUGCAGUCCGAGGAUGUGCUCCAGAAUAAAUUUCACUCCGGCAUCCAGUCAGAACCCCAGGCCUUUCCAUAUGCCCAGACCAUCUCUUGCAGUCCCAUCCCACAAAACAUCCAGCCUAUUGCUCAACCCCCUGUGGUGCCAUCUGUUGGGCCCGUCAUUUCUCCUGAACUGGAAUCCUUCCUUAAAGCUAAAGCCACUGUCCUUCCCAAGCACAAACAGAUGCCCUUCCUUAACUCUGAAACCGUGCUCCGCCUCUUUAGCUCUCAAAUCCCCAGUCUUGAUCUUGCUAAUCUGCACCUUCCUCAGUCUCCAGCCCAGCUCCAGGCACAAGUUGUGCAGGCUUUUCCUCAGACUCCCGUGGUGGUUUCUUCUCAGCCCCAGCUGUCUCUUCCUCAGUCCAAAAGUCAGUACCUUGUGCAGCAACUAGCACCCCUCUUCCAACAAAGUAUGCCUGUUCAAGACCUUCUGCAGUACCUAGAUCUUCUGCUUAACCCCACCCUCCAGUUCCUUGCCACUCAACAACUUCAUCCCACUUCUGUCUAAGAGGAUUUCCGGGUUAUUUUCUCCUCCUCAUUUUUUUGAAUUGACUGAAACUGGAAAUGUACAAUCAUUUUCGUCUUGGGAUCAUGCUACAAAAGUGAUAUAUUUCUGAAUGAAACUACAUGGAAAAAAGAAAUUUUAUUCUUUUAUUUAUUCUAUGUAUUAUAUGAUAUUCAUUUGAAUUUGACCCAUGUAUUCUAUAUGUGUCUCAAUUAUAUUUCAUAUAAUACUACAAAUGUUCAAUAUUGAGUUUAAAUGAAAGUCAAUAAUGUAUACAAAAUAGCUCAUGAAAAAUUGGAUUUACUACUAUUUCUUUGAGAACCUAUUUCCUUUCCAGUCAUUUCAAUAAAAUAAUCCUUUAGGCAUA